UCAUGCAUAUCUAUACAUUACUUUACAUAUAAAAAAAUUAUCGUUUUAUUGCUCUCUUUAUAUUAUAUUUGUAAUAAUGGGAGAUACAUAUCUAGCUUGUGAUGAAGAAAUACCCACAAUAGAUUACUCUUUAUUAUUAUGUGAUGACAAUGAUCAAAGAUCUAUUGCCCUUGAAUCCCUUCGCCAUGCAUGUGAGGAAUAUGGGUUUUUCUAUCUAGUAAACCAUACCAUACCCGAUGAUGUACUCAAAAUUGUAUUGAGAGGAAUUUCUAAUUACUUUGAUCCAAUAACUAUUGAUGAGAGAAGGGUCUAUACUAAAAAGGGUUCAUCAGAUAAAAUCCGAUGGAACCUAAAUGCCAAUGAUGGAGAAAAUAGGGAAUAUCUCAAAGUUAUUGCACAUCCUCGUGAUCAUGUUCCUUCCAACCCAAUAAGUCUCAGCAAAAUUAUAGAAGAAUAUAACAAAGAAAUGAGAAAGAUUGUAUUUGGAUUAGCAAGGGCAAUUUCAAAAAAUUUAGGGUUUGAUGAAAAGUACAUAGAGAAGGCCUUCAACAUGAAGUCAGGGUUUGAUGUAAUGGCCAUGAAUCUUUAUCCACCAAAUUCUAAAGCCAAGAGUGAUAUUGGUAUCCCUAACCACACUGAUCCUGGCUUUGUGGUAACCUUAGUGCAAGAUGUAAAUGGAGGUCUCCAAAUCCUAUCGCACAAAGGAAGAUGGAUUAAUGUUUAUAUUCCUCCUUAUGCUAUACUUAUCCAGCUUGGUGAUCAUCUUGAGAUCUUAACAAAUGGAAAAUACAAGAGUCAUGUCCAUCGAGUUAUUGUUAACAAAAACAAAAUGCAAAGGAUAUCUGUUGUUACCCUUCAUGGACCUUCUUUGGACAAAUUCAUUGUCCCAGCUAAAGAAUUUGUUGAUGAUGAAAAUCCACAGAAUUACAUUGGAAUGACAUAUAAAGAAUCUUUGGAAGCAAAUGGGGGCAAUGAGAUCGAUGUACAGUCAUCACUUGAACAAAUUAAGCUAGUAAUAUAAUUGAUGUUCUAAUUAAUUCGAAGUAGUCCUUAAAAAAAAAAAAAUAGAAGUGGUAACAUCACACUCAAUACUCGUUUUUAAUACAAUUUCUUAUUAAUUGAGAUUUGAAUGGAUGUCAUCAUUUUAAAAGAAAGUUCUACUAUAUUACAUCAAUUUUAUAUAAAUUUGAUGUGACUCAAAAUUUUACAAGAGAUUGUAUUAAAAUAGAGUAAAAGAGUGUGUUGUUUCCUUAAUAUUGUGCCUCCUUACUCCCUCUUAUCUCACACACCCCAUAUCGUCAUUGAAAAUAAAUAAUGGUUACAUGAUUUGUAACAAUAAUAUAUUAAUGAAUACUUGUGUUCUCAC